AUGGCCUGUUUUAGUAUCGAGAACCUCAACGAGGCACUUGAUAUCUUGGAUUCCGUACCACUUAUCGAUGGCCAUAACGAUUGGCCUCAUCUUAUUCGAGCAUAUUAUCAAAAUUCUCUGGAUGCAAGAUUUGAGCCACUUAAAAAUCUGGCAGGUCAUGUAGAUAUUAAACGACUUAUGCAGGGAAAAUCAGGUGGCGCAUUUUGGAGUGCUUUUAUGCCCUGUCCACGAACAGACGACGAUACCGAUGAAAGCAGCUCCUUCGAGGUUGUCAAAGACACAUUACAGCAGAUUGACUUGAUCUAUCGAUUAGUUGAGCUUUACAAAGAGAAGUGGGAGAUUGCUAAUGAGGCAGAUGAUAUUUUGAGAAUAUUUAAACAGCGCAAAUUCGUCUGUCUCAUCGGCGUGGAAGGUUUGCACCAAGUGGGAAAUAGCAGCAGUGUCUUGCGUAUGUAUCAUAAACUAGGAGUGAGAUAUGUAACCGUUGUUCAUAGCCAAAACAACAUGUUUGCAGACAGUGCAACGGCGAAAGCGCCUGCCCAUGGAGGAUUAUCUGAAGCAGGGAAAGCAAUGAUUCGAGAGAUGAACCGGAUAGGAAUGCUAGUCGACUUAUCACAUGCGAGUAAUGAUACAGUAUUAGACACGUUAAAGAUUUCUACCGGACCCGUUGCCUUUACCCAUUCUUCAUGUCAAGGAGUCGUGGCAAGCGGCCGAAACAUUAGUGACGAGGCUUUAGAUAGAACUAAAGUCAAUGGAGGAAUUGUCAUGAUCAGCUUCAUUCCUCCUCUCAAUAAUGUCGAACCCGAAGCUGCUAGCAUUUAUGAUGUCAUCAAGAACAUAAUGUACGUUGCUGAGAAGAUAGGAUUUGAGCACAUUGGUUUAGGAUCAGACUAUGAUGGAAUGUUUAAAGCCGUGAAAGGCUUGGAAGAUGUUUCGAAAUAUCCACAUCUUGUGGCUUCGAUGCUGAAUAGAGGUAUUUCCAGAGAGAACGUGGAGAAAAUCAUCGGAUAUAAUCUCAUUCGCGUUUUGAAAGGGGUGGAAAAAGCAGCUUCAUGCUAUGGAAACAAAAUAAUCCCGCUGGAAGAUGAGGUCAAACUACUGUGGGAUAAAGAGCUUUGUGCUUUAGUUAAAUCAGUAUAUCCAGAAGCAGAAUCAUAG